AUGGAGCCGGCGACACAGGACGACGCGCACUCGAUUGUCUCUGGGCUGACGUCUCUCGAGAGCGAGGCGGACGACUUUGAGAGGCUGAUGAUCCAGAAGGAACGCGAUGACCAUCGCCUUAAGACGGGCCAGGCGCAGCCCUUCCGCAAGGCGCGCACGCAUCCACGCGUCGGCCUGACGAUAGACAACCUCGAGCGCAAUAACGCCCGCAAUGAAGCUGCUCAGGGAGCCAACGCGCGCGCAUCGUCUGGCGGUGGGAGUCCGCCCAGCAGCAGCGGCUCGAUGAGGUCGGACCCGGCCAUCCACGCGCCGGCGGGCUGGGGCAGGAAGGGCAAGACGAACAUGAAGUGGAUGCGCACCAUUACGUAUGAGGAGGAGCGCGAACAGCACACACCGGUCCCCGCCGACGAGGAUGCAGCCUAUGCCAACGCACCGCGCCAUUCCAUAGAGGACAGCCCCCUCUCGCGCAAGAGCGCAUACGGCACGCCGCGCCAUGGCGAGGACGCUGACUGGGACUUUACCUUUGACCUCAACGAGGCCUCGAUCCUCGCCUCGACGCCCUACAUCCCGCGCAACACGGCCCUCGACGACAUUCGCCAGCGCGAGAUGGAGAGCCUGAGGGAGCAGGGCGUCGCCAAGGCGCAGAUGGACACGACACGGGACGGCGAGGCAGAGUCGCCGUCGGCACGGUCGGGGAAGGGCGUGUCGAAGAGCAUGGCCAAUAGCGUCGCCUCCCUGCCCGACCACGCAACGGGCUCGCCACAGAAGAGACCGCGCACACGCACCGAUUCAUGGCAGGCGCUCAGCAGGUCGCAGCCCACGCUGGGGACCACCACGGCACACUCGCCCAUCGCCGUGCACAAGAAGAGCGCCGAGACGAUAGGCGUCGUGGAGCGCGAUGUGGCUGUCAGCGCGCAGAGGGUCCCGCCUAGGCGAGCGGGGACUCGCAGGGAAGACUCGCAGGAUCUGCUUCGCCGCCUGGCGAGGGUGUCGAACACGCCGAGUCCUGCGCGGGUCGAGGCCGCGCGGCCAAAGACUGCUCAUGGAAGACAGCAGAGCAGCUCGUCGCAGACCAUGGUCAACGACGCACCGAGUCCAUCUCCCGAGGUGAAGGAGGAAGUGGUCGAGGACGCGCCCGCACCACCACCCGCCGCUGCAGAACGUCCCGCAUCACAAUACGAUCAACCACCUCCAGAGACACAAAAGCCUGAAAACACGCCACAGUCAGCGCCAGAGACGCCGGCAGAAGAACCAGACCCCACGCCCACGCCCGCGCCCGUAGAACGCUCGAUACUGAACCCCAAAACCCCAAUCGUCACUGGGGCAUGGGUCGACACACCGGGCCCCCGAACAGCACUACGCACCACCAACCCCCCCCAAACACGCUCGCGCUCACAAUCCCCCCCACAAACCAGCCCCCGAAAGUCCAAAUCCCCAACAAAGCGUUCCGCCUCCCUCCCCGGAAUCACCCCCCUCGAACCAAAACGGCCCCACCUCCCCUCCUCAGCCCUCGACGCCCUCAUCCAGUCCGCCCGCCACGACUCAGCAGACUACGGCGACUCGACCAUAAACUCUCUGCAAGACUUGAUGUGUCCCGGUGAUGAGGUAGAUGAAGACACACUCCAGGGCUUGAAACUCCCUACUGAGAUCCCGAAGAACGAGGCUGAGCGCCAGAGACAGCAGGAACUUACCCAUCUGCACCGUAUGAAUGAGAGGCUGCGCGCUGCGCGGACUAGUAUAAGGGAUGCGAGUCGCGGGAUGAAGAGGCUGGAUGAUCAGGUCGAGGGGGCGGAGGAGGGGGAUAUGGGGCGCAAGGUGGGCGUUGUGCACGCUGAGUGUCCGUGUGCGGCGGAUAAUGCACAUAUGUCUGUUUGGCGGUCGUGCAGAUCCUGGGUCUGGGACGAGCGGUUAAAAGUAUCGCGGAAGGGCACGCAGUGGCGCAGAAUCGGCGGGCUGACGGGGCUUGGGCUCCUGCUGAUGAUGGCGGCGUUGUGGUGGGUUGGAGAGGAAAUCGCUUGCGAAAUCCACUGCCACCCCCAAUUCGCCACUUCCUCACCCUACCCCUUCUCCGUCAACAUGCACGCCCCGCGCUACCCCUUCGUCCUGCCCACGCUGUUCUACCGCGCCCUCGUCCGCCCCUGGUGGCUGCCGCUGUCUGCCCUGCUGUCGCCGUUUGCCGCGCAACUGUCACUUGCGCAUGGAAUGGGACAUGUGCAGGAUUCGCCACAUGCGCAUGCGCUUACGCAUACGCGCGCCUGGGCUCUCGAGUCGCAGGCUACUGCUGUUGUGGAUGUGGAUGUGGAUGAGGAGAUGGUGUGGGGGGCGCGCAUGGUGGAUGAUGAGGUUUUGAGGGAGAGGGGGAGAUGA